AUGAGAUUAGACUGGUCAAAUGUACAUGUACUGGUCGCUGCAUGGAACUGAGUUAAGUUUUAUGCCACAAUAUGUUUAUAUAUAGGUCUGUUUCUCUGUGUUUUUGUCACAGACCAACUUUUCCUGAGUCAUCAUAACCUGCUUUUGAGUAUCAUCAUCAUCGCCAUCACCACAAACAAACACAUAACCAGUUUUUGCCUUCCCCUUUCUUCUAUCAUUUUCAAGACCUCUGAAUUCUUGAUAACUCAUAUUAUGGCAGCUUUUUCAUAUCAACUACCUUUUCUUGUUGACUCUUCAUCUUACUUCACCAAUAUAAACAAUUCUCUUGCUCCUCACACUCUUCAAGUUCAUCAAGAUAACUCUCUUAGUAAUCAAGAAACUAGUUGUGUUGAUGAUCAAGCCUCUAAGAAUAGUUUAAGUCCUGAAUCCUCUAUGGUGGUUGAUAAUCUUGAAAAGGGUGAGCAAGUUACUCAGAAAGUGAGUUCUAUGGAGAAUAAGAGAAGGAUUAGAACAAACAAGUCUUCUUCAAGUAGCCCCUUAUCUAAGGAGUCAAAAGAAGAGAGAAGCAAAAAACAAAAGAAGAAUAGUGGUGAAGGGAUGAAAAGAGAAGAGAAGAAGAAUCAGAAGAAGUUUUCUGAAGAGGCUCCAACUGGCUAUAUCCAUGUCAGAGCUAGAAGGGGCCAGGCAACAGAUAGCCACAGCCUUGCUGAAAGGGUGAGAAGAGAGAAAAUAAGUGAAAGGAUGAAGAUAUUGCAGCAACUUGUGCCUGGCUGUGAUAAAGUAACCGGAAAAGCUCUUGUGUUGGAUGAAAUAAUCAAUUAUGUACAGUCCUUACAGAAUCAAGUAGAGUACUUGUCAAUGAAGAUUGCAUCAGUGAAUCCAAUCUUCUUUGACUUUGCAAUGGACUUAGACAUGGCUAGACCAGAUCAUGAGAGACUAAAUGGCAUAACAUCACCAUCACCAUCAUCAACACCACUACAAUCUGUACCAUUAUGCAGCUCCAACCAUGCCACACCUUUUGCUGACACAACCCUCACAAGCUUCCACCAUGCUGCAGCUAAUAAUGAAUAUCUUUUGGAUUAUUCAUCUCCAGUUUUUCAUCAAGGACAGAGGUCAAAUACCUUCUUUGAGCACACUGAUGGGCCAUAUUGGGACUUAGAAGAACAACGACAAAAGCUUCUUAAUCCAUAUGGAUUCAGCAACAAUACAUGUUCCUUAAAUUAAUAUCAAUUUCUCAAAUCUGUCCCACAAUGCUACGAAAAUGUUUGUUAAAUCUUUUCCAAACAAGUAGCAGAAUCAAUGAAAAGAAGGUUGUUGUGAAGUGAUUCUGUUGUUCCUAGUCCACCAAAUUAAAGUGAGAUAUAUGAACAUGAUGAAUAAAGUGUAGCAAAAUUAAUGGAUGAGGAAGCUAAAAGGACAGAAAAUGCCGACAAAAUAAGACCAUAUCUUUUUCUAGAUCCUUUGUUCUAGUAAUAAUAUUUGACUCUUAAAGUCUUAUUCUCAUGCACAAAUUUCAAGACAGUGUACUCUUUAUGAAUGAAUGAAUGAAUCCUAGAGAUAUCAUAUCU